CUUGAUCCAGUCUGUCGACAUAUCAUGGUUGAUACCCGUCAGUAAACAUUCCUGACGGUCCCCACCGCCAUCACUUCAGCCGCCGAAAACGUAGUCGUCAUGGCACCUUGGCCUCAGGCCUGGACCGCCAGUCAUGCUGCUGCUGCUUUGCGACCCUUCCCUCUGAUCGCAUACCUCUCGCUAUUCACCCUCCUCGCUUCCACCGUCGCCCAUGCGCAAACUGUCGCUAUCCUACCUUCCGCUGCCUCUUCCUCCUUUCCCUCCUGCGGCCUAACCUGCUCCGUCCUCCUCCAAGCCCAAUCCGACUGCCUGCCACCCGCUGCUCCGCAGACAAACUCCGCCACUUACGCCUCCUGCUUCUGCCAUUCACAUAAUCUCACCGAGCUUCGCACCUCCUUGGACGCUGUCUGCGACGAUACCUGCACCAAUGCCUCCGAUCGCUCGUUAAUACAGACAUGGUACAACAACUACUGCGCGGUCGGAGCCUCAGUUGCCGACGCUGACCCCACGAAUAACGAGGAGGAAAACUGGCAGGCCCAUUCCGCUCAAUCAGUCACCAAGAUCCGCGCGUAUAGGAGAACUGCCGCUUCCAACGCUUGGUGGUCAACACACUACAAAUGGGUGAUCAUGGUCAUCAUCCUGGUCGUCGGAUUCAGCAUCAUCAGCGUGGUGGGCGUAUGGGCGAAGCGCCGCCAUGAUCGGAAGUACCCGGGUCUGUAUCACGCCGCAGCCACGGGUGGUACAGACAGUGCUCUGCUGGCCGCCCGCCAGCAAGAGAUCGGUCCCGCGCCAGGACCUGAUACGCGCGCGCCGGGUCAAUUCAUGCCCGCUCAGUAUGACCCCGCCCAAGAUCCCGGAUCCAUCGCCAGCAGUUCACACACCAACGUCGCUGCCGCUGCCGCUGUCGCUGCUGCCAACGCCCCCGGGCCCCGGCCAGCGCGCACGUCAUCCCGUCUGCAGAAGACGCAACCCGUAUCCGACAGUGACACCGAAAUCCGCGAAGUGGCUCGGUGAAACCAGACUCACAGAGGCCUCGUUUUAAAGUAGCUGUCCAUGAUUAGUCAUCCCGGGAACCUUGCGCUGUCUCUACCGAACAACUGGUGGCUGGUGACCUGCCGCGCUUUCUAAAUCUAAUGUUGAAAGGCAAACACGACAUCGCAUUCCCUCCUCCUUUUCUUCUACCUCUUCUAUUUAACUGGCAAACCAACUGCCAUGGAUCGAUCGCAAACGCAGUCACCCCUUCACGGACAAAAAAAAAACGACAUAGUCCCUCCCGCUGAUCUUUGCAUAUAUCCGGCGUUCUGAUUUUGUCUAUAAGGGUAUUGAUUAUUUACCGUACAGUACCAGUGAUUCUUUUGUUUCCCCAAAAUGCACAGUACAAAGCAUCACUUUACUUUCGUUUUUCGCAUCCCCUCAAAUCCUGUUCCGGAUGUUGUGCAUAGUUUACGGGUUCAGGCAUUUUCCAUGCGGUUGACUUGACGUCAUUUUCGAUCGAAUAUAUU